CGCUACACGCUUUCCUCCUUCCAAAGCUCUCCCCUUGGCUUCUCCCGUGUCCCAAGUCAAGUCCCUCCAGCUCUCUCUUUCUCUCUCUCUCUCUCCGGAGAUCGGAGAUUCCAAUGGUAUAAUAACAAUUUUUUUAUAGUUAAAUCUCUGUAACAAACACGCAAUCUCAUGCACUUCUCCCAGAGGAAAAGACUGAAAGGACCCAGAAUUCAAAACUGCUGCUAUACUUGCUUGCACGAUCUCUACAGCAAAAGUGGGUUUUUCAUUGAGGCCUCACCAGGCCGACCUGCCUCACCUUUGCUUUUCCUUCACUUUCCGGUGAAAGAGAGUUGCAGAAAGGUUGGACAUUUUUCAAAGAUUUAUAUUUUAAAUAAUCUAUGCCUAAGUUAAAGUUGGAAUAAAUCUUGUAUUUUCUCCAUUCUUAAUAGAUGGCUGAGAGGAACGAAAUCCUGGUGACCCCGGUAAGAACCAUGUCAGAUGAUAGUAUUUUGAGGAACUCAACAGGGAAAACCAAUCUAUCAAGAAGAAGCAAAAAGAUCCUUCCCCCUCAUUAUCUCAGAGCUUCUACUGGUUCCUGCCAUGAUUUCUGUAAAUAUGGUUGGAAACAUGCUAUUGAACCCAAGGGAAGACGUCGCAUUCCGAAAAGAGUUGCAAGUACUGUGACUGAAGGCGAAGAUUCAUUAAAUUUUGCAACUGUAUCACAAAGAAAGAAGAAACCCUCUGUUAAGUUUAGGCCUUUCCUUGAUUCGAAAACCCAGUUACCCACCAUUUCUGAAAUAAUCAAGCAAAUUUCAUCAUCUGACAAGAAAAAAGAGGCCUCCUCAAAACAAGUUUUGUCACUGACCAAGCAAAUAGGGGUCUCCCCCAGACAAGCGUAUCCACCUGCCAAGAAAAUAGAGGUCUCUGCAAAACAAGUUGUGUCACCUGCCCAAAAAUCAGAUAUCUCUCCAAAACAAGCUGUGUCACCAACCAAAAAAAUAGAGGUCUCUCCAAAACAAGCUGUGUCACCAACCAAAAAAAUAGAGGUCUCUCCAAAACAAGCUGUGCCACCUGCGAGGAAAAUAGAGGUCUCUCCAAAACAAGCUGUGUCACCUGCCAGGAAAAUAGAGGUCUCUCCAAAACAAUCUGUGUCACCUCCCAGGGAAGUAGAAGUCUCUCCAAAACAGGCUGUGUCACCUGCCAGGGAAGUAGAAUUCUCUCCAAAACAGGCUGUGUCACCCACCAGGGAAGUAGAGGUCUCUCCAAAACAAGCUGUGUCACCUGCCAGGGAAGUAGAUGUCUCUCCAAAACAAGCUCUGUCACCUGCCAGGGAAGUAGAAGUCUCUCCAAAACAAGCUGUUUCACCUGCCGGGGAAGUAGAGAUCUCUCCAAAACAAGCUCUGUCACCUGCCAGGGAAGUAGAGGUCUCUACAAAACAAGCUAUGUCACCUUCCAGGGAAGUAGAUGACUCUCCAAAACAAGCUCUGCCAUAUGCCAGGGAAGUAGAAGUCUCUCCAAAACAAGCUCUGUCAUCUGCCAGGAAAAUAGAGAUCUCUCCAAAAAAACCUGUGUCAUCUGCCAGGAAAACUGAGAUCUCUCCAAAACAAGCUCUGUCAUCUGCCAGGAAAAUAGAGAUCUCUCCAAAACAAGCUCUGUCAUCUGCCAUGAAAAUAGAGAUCUCUCCAAAACAUGCUCUGUCACCUGCCAAGAAAUUAGAAACCUCUACAAAACGAACUUCUUUUCCUGUCAAGAGUAAUAAUGCAUCCCCAGAACCUGAUAGUCCUUUGAAACCAAAUUCUGUAGCGGCAAAGCCAGCUCCCCCCUCAGGUCUUUCAAGUCGUAUGGGAGGUAAAAGAAAAAGUGACCUCAAGCUAGUGAAGAAAAUGGCUACUUCCAAUAUAGAUGAAAAGAAAGCAUUGAGGCCACUGAUUGCUUCUGUUUCUCCUAAACCUUCUGUCAGUGGAGUUCUGAGCUCAAAUUCGAGGAAGUACAAAGUAGAUGAAAAGAAAGCAUUGAGGCCACUAAUAGCUUCUGUUUCCCCUAAACCUUCUGUCAAAAGGGUUCUGAGCUCCAAUACAAGUAAGUACAAAUUAGAUGAAAAGAAAGCAUUGGGGCCGUCGAUAGCUACUGUUUCCCCUGUUCCUUCUGUCGACAGAGUUCUGAGCUCCAAUACAAGGAAGUAUAGGAACAUAAAUGCAGUUUCACUUCUGAAGAGUCAGCCCAAGGUUAAGAAAGCUGUACCCAAACUACCCAACCCAAUCAAAGAGAAGACCUUGUAUGUCAUUGAACAGCCUAAAAGCAAAAGCUUGAAACUGGCCCCAAAUGGAACUCAUAUUACUCAAUCAUCUUCAUCUCUGUCCUCAUCAGCAUUGUCAUCGUCAUUGGGUUCCUCUUCUCAGUCCUCUCAAUUGCUGUAUCCACAUGUGGAGGAAGAUAAUGAGGAAUCAGAGUCUAUGCUUAGUGAAGCAGAUGACUCCAUUUCUGAAUAUGAUGGAACUGAUAAUGAGAACCAAAUCGAGACUUUGAACAUGGACGAUAAGAAGUCUGCAAGGGGAGAUGUUCACUCUGAAAAUACAGAUUGCCCACCCCGAAAGUUAAAAUUCAGGAGAGGAAGUGUAGUUGACAUUCAAACUGAGAGCAAUGGCCCAAGAAGACUCAAAUUCAGACGAGGAAGAGUGCUAGGGGAGGACGAUGGUAAAGGUGGAAUCGGAAGGAAAAGCUUCAGAAGGAGGAGAGAAAUCACUUAUGGUGACACAGAUGGUACCAAAUCUGAAUCUGUAAAGGUAGUUCUGAGACACCAAGAUGUGCAGGGAAAGAAAGAUGCUCAAGGUUUGUUUAAUAAUGUUAUUGAAGAGACUGCAAGUAAACUUGUUGAGACCAGGAAGAGCAAGGUCAAAGCAUUGGUGGGGGCAUUCGAAACUGUAAUAUCCUUACAAGAGAGCAAGCCUUCUAGUAGUUGAGUUUCAAAGGUUGUUUCCCUUUUCUACCAUAAUGUGAUUUUGUAAAGAAUAAAUAAUAAUAAUAUAAAAAAUUUAAGUUGGCAGAAAUGAAUCUUACAAUAUUUUGUGUAAGCUGCAAGGAUUUAAUGAAGAGAGUUCAACCAAAUUGAGGCGGCUUAAUAAAAAAUUGAAGGAUUUUUCUUGUUUGUAUGA